AUGGAUAUGACUCAUUUGGGGUGGCUAGGCAAGAAGUCGUCAGAGCUGAGAUUAAGAACUGCUAUCAGAACAGAUGAGAGAGUACGAUUAAUGAACGAGAUUAUUAGUGGAAUCCAAGCCAUCAAGAUGUAUACCUGGGAGAAUUUUUUCACCUCGCUCAUAGAGAAAGCAAGAAAGAAAGAAGUUAAUAUCAUUCAAUGGGCGUCAUGUGUUAGAGAAGAUAACGACCGAGAAGGUGUACGUGAUAACUGCCUAUUAUAACAAUGUAAG